UGUCAACACGACACUCUUUUACUUGUUUUGCAUUCGAAACGUUUAUAAAAGUUUGCUGGAAAUUUGAAUCUACCGCAGAUAUCCAGUAGUAGUGAUCGUAGUAAGAGGACAUCUCUUCGAACGCAAUCAUGCUUUGCGUUUUACAUUUAAUUUUCAUUCUUGUUGUGAUGAAGAUGGUGACAAUCGGUAGUGCCGUGGAGAGUGAUGAAGUUAUUGUUAACGUUCCAGAACUAGGUUCCCUGCGAGGAUCCAUCGGAAAAUCGGCUUGGAGUCAAAAAUGUAUCUAUCAAUUUCGUGGAAUACACUUUGCUGAGUCGCCAAGUGGGCAUAGACGGUUUAAGCUACCGACACCUCGUCAACCAUGGACAGGUAUCAAAGAUGUGCGUGAGAAUGACAUUGGUUGCCCAGUUUUCUCUAAUUUGAGCAAAUUAUCACCUGAGGAACUGCAGGCACGUGACUGGGAGGACUGUUUGCAUUUGUCCGUCUACACAAAAAAUGUUUCAGGCAACCUGCCAGUUAUGUUCUACAUUCACGGUGGAGCCUUCAUUUUCGGUGAUGCAGCGUCCAACUCGCCAGACUUUCUUCUUGAACACGAUAUAGUUUUAGUUGUCAUUCAAUAUCGACUUGGCGUUUUAGGAUUCUUAGCAACAAACUCUGAAGCAAUCCCAGGAAACGUGGCCUUAUUUGAUGUCAUUCUGGCCCUAGAAUGGGUCCAAACGUACAUUCAACAUUUUGGGGGCGAUCCAAACCGGGUGACAAUUUUCGGACUAUCAGCGGGUGCUAUCAUUGCCAGUAUGCUUACGAUAAGUCCAAAAGUUCGGGACGGAUUAUUCCAUCAGGUGAUUGUACAGUCGGGAACGGCGUUCUUACAAUGGGGAAGUGAACAGAAACCAAUAGAGACGGCACGAGAAAUAGCUAAAAAAGGUGGUUGUGAAGAUGUUGAUGACUUGGAUGUACUUAAUAAAUUCUUUAUGGAGAUACCGGUAGAGGAAUUGAUGAGAAUUACGGCAGGACAACUUUUUAGACCUACUUUCGGUGAUUUAAAUGAUUUUGUAACGGACACUGCGAAGAAAAUGUGGGAUAAAACUGGAAGAGCUUAUCCAACUGUGGGUGGAAUCGCAAAACAUGAAGGAACCGCUCACCUAGCGCUUAUCUACCAUUUCAUAGGACCUCUCUUAGAAGCAAGUACAGAUGCCUUGGAAAUUAUCGAAACUACUGCAGCUUUCGGGGGAAUAACAGACGAUUCAGGAUAUACAAAUAUUCUAACAAUGAGCUUACUUUUCACGCAGGACCAGCUUGAACAUGGCAACUUUCGAGAAUUGCUACCAGGGCUAAUUGAUAUGACUAACAACAAUUUCAUGAAGAUACCAAUGCUCCGAUUUCUACAGCUGAAUGCCCAGCGGAGACCUAACGAAACAUAUCUCUACACAUUUGAUUAUGCUGGCGAACACACCGGAUUUUCGGCUGAAAAUGUACCAUUUAGAGGGGGUGUCAGUCACGCUGAUGAAAAUUUUUAUAUAUUUCCCACAAAACCUUUGAAUUCGAAAGAUACUGAAGUAGCUAAGAAAAUUGUUAGCCUGUGGACGUCAUUUGCAAUGACGGGUAUUCCUCGAGUAGACGGAGAAGAGCCUUGGCCACCAAUGACAGGGAAAACUGGACCGUAUUUCCAUAUCGAUGAAGUGUGCAGUGUUUCCGAUGAUUUUGUGAAGGAAUUCACGGUUACCAUUGAUGAUAAGACAAACAGUUUGAUAAAAUAAGACCGAAUUGUGACUAUAAACAUUAUAAGUUCCCAAUUUAUGCUUGAAAAUCAAUGUUAAAGUACUA